UGUCACAAUUUGGAUUACAGUUUGCAUUUGCCAUUCCGAAAGUAAACACUAUGGACGUUUCCGUUGCCAUAGUUACCGUUGGCACGUCUUCAUUUACGGUGACCCUGUAUACUUCUGUUCCUGGUUCUACAGAUAAAUCAAGUAUCGAAACAUUCUCAGUCAGCGCUGAUGUCUCUGUUGACUACAUGCUGGACAAAGGGUUACUGUCAGAGUCAGGCAGACAUCAUUGUUUGUUACUUGAGGCGGAACUCGAGUUUGCAGUGUUCGUUCAUUUGUCAGAGGCGGAGAACUCCACCGCUAGCCUGAUGCUGUUACCUAUAAAGACAUGGGGAAGGCGCUAUUACCUGGCCACAUUAUCUACAAGGGCGUUUGCUGUCAUUGUUGCCGAGGAGGAGACGAUCGUCAAAUUAAGGUUCAAGAUGGAGCCCCCUAGUGCCGUGACCCUGACACUGAACGGCGCCUACUACACAGACAGAAGCACGUUAAAGUUACUGUUACAAAUGUACGAAGCGUUCACGGUAUCUCGCUGUGAUUCUCAAUACAAGAGUGAAAUACUCUCUUUGACUGGCAGUGUGGUCGAGAGUCUCAAGCCAGUAGGGGUCAUCUCUGGGAGUUGCUCGUCCUACAUGAGGAUCAGCUCCAGGUACGUCCAGCACUACAUGCCCAAAGAAGUAGAGAUCUGCACAUCUUAUAGCUCGCCGAUAACACACGAUAUAGCCGCUGAUAUGCCUCUACCACAGUAUAUGUUUGGACAGAGGUAUGACACACCGGCCAUCUUGGGGAGAGCGUCCCACGAGAUGUUCUUUUUUGUGGCCACUAGUUCUGGAACGAACAUCUUUUUGCCCAUGAACCAUCAGUCUGUGAAAGAAUACAAGCUGAAAUACCCAGAGGAUGUCCGAGUUGCGCCGUUAAAUUUCAGCCAGUACGAAAGAGGCCCCCGUCGGGUAGUUGCAACGAAAACCUUUUCCGCCGCCCUGGUCCUGACGUCCACGUGUGGGGGCGCCGUAGAGCAAGGCGGCCCAUCGAUCGUAUCCAUCUUACACGCAGACAUCUUCCAUAAGGUCUACGUCUGGCGGUUACCUCCCUUCGCAAACAUGGACCAUUACGUAAUAAUAAUAUGCGAGAGGUCAACGGUCAUUACUAUAAACGGGAAGGAUCCAAAUUUUAGUAUACAAGACAUUUUUAGCACAGAGUACUCCCCAUACGUGCAAAAAGAGGUCAUGUUGACUGAUGCCCAUGUGGUCGUCUCGUCUGACAGUGUGUUUGGCUGUUACUUUUACGGCCUUGGUCAAAGCUCGUACGUGACCAUCGGAGGCCUGGAGUAUCGCGAUGAACGGAAGCUGGAAUGUGUCCAUACUAAAGCCAAAGCCAACGACAAGGUAGAUAAUGACUGCGAUGGUUCCGUGGACGAGGAGAGCGUGAACGGCAAAGAUGAUGACAAAGACAACAUGUGCGAUGAAGAUUUUGCCUCAGAAGAAGGUGAUGCGGUGUCUUACAAUUGGGGUCCAAGGUGUCUUUUGAACUGUUCCGGAUGCGUUGAUGGCUGUUCCUCCAUCGACGGCCUUUGCGACCAGUGCAAGACAGGUUACGAGACAGAGUUUACAGGUUGUGAUAAAUUUGUGUGUGAGCCUUAUAGAUAUGGACUGAGAUGUGAAGGGGACUGCAUUGAGAAAUGUGGAGAAGAUUGUGAGAACCAUCGCAUUGGCACGUGUCCAGAGCACGCCGAAGAAGAAAGAUCGCUCUGGGCUCGUGUCUGGGACAUCCUCUACAUAAGUCUAAUCAUACUGGCCGCUUUGCUCGUAUUGAUACUUUUACUUCUACUCCUGAGUAAACUGUCACGUCAUUGUGAGAAAACAGUAGCCCCAAUAAAAUCCCUAUUCCACAAAAAGUCCCAGGUCAGGUAUCCUAACCCCUCAAUAUACAUCGAUGGCAGAUCUCAAGCCGUAGGGAAUGAAGGAAAGUCGCCGAGUUUGUCUGGUCAAGGGUCAAGUAGCUCCAGCUCCUCCAGCUCAGACAAUGUUGAAGAAGUCGGCUUUGGUGUGGACAUUGACGUCACCAAGAAAAAGCUCAGUCUCACCUUUAUGAAAGCUCUUGAAAAACCAAAGUGAAAAUGAAGAUAGAGCGUCACGCAUUUGUCUGUAAAAAGAACGAUAAUUGAGCUCUAUUAUUAGCACAGCCUUCCACCUUAUUUAUAUCCUAAAUGUUAUUUUGUAUUGCAACUUAAUUAUAAAUAAGGUCAUAUACAAUAUACAGGACCCUGAAUAAGAGUGCUUUUUUAAAAAUCACUUUCUGACCUUGAGAACCAUAGCGCAAAUGAUUUAAAGCUUAUUACAAUCUAUGUUUGGGGUCCUGGGUUUAAAUCUCAGUGAAGACUGGGAUUUUUAAUUUCAGGAUUCUUAGAGUCCACCCAACUCUAUGGGUUACCUAACUUUAGUUGGGGAUAGUAAAGGCGGUUGGUCGUUGUGCUGGUCACAUGACACCCUGCUCGUUAACUAAAGGCCAAAGAAACAGAUGACCUUAACAUCGUCUGCCCUAGAGAUUACAAGCUCUGAAAGUUCGAAAAGAUCCCGAAAGUAAACAUCCCAGUCUUCACCAGGACCUGAACCCAGAACCCCCGGUUUGGACGCCAAGCGGUUUACCCGCUCAGCCAUCGCGCCUCCAGAUUUGAUUGUAGUUUGUAUUAUUAUUGUAAGCU